CGCGCGCGCGCGCACGCACCUCGGAAUCCGAAGCUGCACAACUCUCAGCCAGGCGCCUGUGCCAGAGGCCAGGAGCCCCGCGCCCCCGUCUGGGUGCUGCGCCUAUCCUGCUGCCCUCGUCUUCACCGGGCGACCCUUCCCCUUCAGUCACCUGGAGAAGCAACUGAUAACUGAACUGUGGUACCUCAUGCCUUCAAGAGGAGAGGGAACGGAGAUACCUAUAAGGUUCAAUUUCAAAUUUGAAUCUUCUGUAAUAUUGACUGUAAACUAAUUUCCCAAGAUUUUUGUGUAAGAGGCAGAUGAAAAAAGACUGUACUUUCAGAGUGGCGACAUCAUCAAGUCACGCACCUUCUGGAAAACACUGUCCACUUAUGAGAGCGUGAGAAUGAAAAGCAAACAGCAGUGUGGUGGUGUUUUUAGAAGUUCCAUUGAUUGAGGUUUUGCGAGAAUACCUCACAUCGGACUCCGAAGCAAGAUUUACUCCCAACUUUGAAGUGGAAUCUGGUCUGGAAUUUUUAGUUUUCACGUUUGGGAUGACCUUUAGUGCUCCCCCCAAGCAGAACAUGGGCUCCUUGAGGUCCUGUGGUGUGGUCUUACUCCCUGCAGUGUGCACGUGGCCCUGAGCAGAGCCUGACACAGAGAAAGUGCUCAGUAAAUAGCUCUGAACUGACCGAUUGACGGCCUGAGAAAAAUGCACUUCUGUUUUCUGCUCAUCCAAGUCUGUCAGCACCUUCUCCUCUGCCACCCGGCGGUUAUGCGUUGUUAAUGCGGAUGCUGUUGCCUAAAUUUCUGUAGCUAUGGCACAAGAAUAUAAGAAUGCAUGGGAUUAUGACAAUCACAGCCUCACAGUGAUGCAAGUUCCAUUCAGUUUUCUCUGAAAGAAAUCCAUCCUUCAAAGUGAAGCAAAGGAAUUCUUGUGGAUUAUAAUGUUUUGAAGAUUUGGAUUUCUGGAGGUUUGAAAAAUAAGGCAUCGUGUAACUUUUUACAUGAAAAAGAUUAAGAGCUCAUGCAACUGCUGUAUUUUCUGGAAGCCAUUCUCCAAAAGGGAAGUGCACAUUUAAAACUUCGAUAUGAUGGUCCUUUCUGCAGGGAUUUAAGUCUGAUUGCUUUUGCAUCAUGACCAGCUUGAAACGGUCACAGACGGAGAGACCGGUUGCCACUGAAAGGGCAUCUGUUGUGGGCACAGAUGGCACCCCCAAAGUCCACACGGAUGACUUCUACAUGCGCCGCUUCCGGUCCCAAAACGGCAGCUUAGGGUCAUCGGUCAUGGCUCCCGUAGGGCCCCCCCGAAGCGAGGGUUCUCACCAUAUAACUUCGACCCCGGGAGUCCCAAAGAUGGGGGUUCGGGCACGGAUUGCGGAUUGGCCCCCGAGAAAGGAAAAUGUCAAAGAAUCGAGCCGUUCAAGCCAGGAAAUAGAAACCUCAAGUUGCCUUGAGAGCCUGUCCUCCAAAAGCAGUCCUGUGAGUCAGGGAAGUUCUGUAAGCCUCAAUUCCAGUGACUCAGCCAUGUUAAAGAGCAUACAGAACACGCUGAAAAACAAGACAAGACCGUCGGAGAACAUGGACUCCCGAUUCCUCAUGCCCGAGGCCUACCCCAGCUCCCCCAGGAAGGCUCUGCGCAGGAUCCGGCAGCGGAGCAACAGCGACAUCACCAUAAGUGAACUUGACGUGGACAGCUUCGACGAAUGUAUCUCGCCCACCUACAAGCCUGGGCCGUCCCUGCACAGGGAAUAUGGUAGCACAUCCUCAAUCGAUAAGCAGGGAACGUCCGGAGAAAGCUUCUUCGACUUACUAAAGGGCUACAAAGACGACAAGUCUGACCGAGGUCCCACUCCGACCAAGCUCAGUGACUUUCUCAUCGCCGGUGGGGGCAAGGGUUCUGGUUUCUCCUUGGAUGUCAUAGACGGGCCCAUCUCUCAGAGAGAGAAUCUCAGGCUAUUUAAGGAAAGGGAAAAACCACUCAAGCGACGUUCCAAGUCUGAAACCGGGGACUCGUCCAUUUUUCGAAAGCUACGCAAUGCCAAAGGUGAAGAACUUGGGAAAUCGUCCGACCUUGAAGAUAACCGGUCGGAAGACUCUGUCAGGCCCUGGACGUGUCCAAAGUGCUUUGCCCACUACGAUGUCCAGAGUAUAUUAUUUGACUUGAACGAAGCAAUUAUGAACAGGCACAAUGUAAUUAAGAGGAGAAACACAACCACGGGGGCUUCAGCAGCUGCUGUGGCAUCCUUAGUCUCGGGGCCUUUGUCCCACUCGGCCAGUUUUAGCUCCCCGAUGGGCAGCACAGAGGACCUGAAUUCCAAAGGGAGCCUCAGCAUGGACCAGGGAGACGACAAGAGCAAUGAGCUUGUAAUGAGCUGUCCGUAUUUUCGGAAUGAGAUAGGUGGCGAAGGGGAAAGGAAAAUCAGCCUGUCCAAAUCAAAUUCUGGGUCGUUCAGUGGAUGUGAAAGUGCCUCCUUUGAGUCUACACUCAGCUCCCAUUGCACAAAUGCAGGCGUGGCAGUCCUGGAAGUGCCCAAGGAGAACUUGGUGCUGCAUCUGGAUCGAGUGAAAAGAUACAUCGUGGAGCACGUGGAUCUCGGCGCAUACUAUUACAGGAAGUUUUUCUACCAGAAGGAACACUGGAACUAUUUUGGGGCUGAUGAGAAUCUUGGUCCAGUGGCUGUGAGCAUUCGAAGGGAAAAACCAGAAGAAACAAAAGAAAAUGGAUCUCCGUACAACUACCGGAUAAUUUUUAGAACGAGUGAGCUCAUGACCCUGAGAGGUUCGGUGCUAGAGGAUGCUGUUCCCUCAACGGCAAAGCACUCGACCGCCCGGGGGCUGCCCCUGAAGGAAGUGCUGGAGCACGUGAUUCCCGAGCUCAACGUCCAGUGCCUGCGGCUGGCCUUCAACACUCCCAAAGUCACUGAGCAACUCAUGAAACUGGAUGAACAGGGGCUGAACUAUCAGCAGAAAGUAGGCAUCAUGUACUGCAAAGCUGGCCAGAGCACGGAAGAAGAGAUGUACAACAAUGAAUCAGCCGGGCCAGCCUUUGAGGAAUUCCUUCAGCUGUUGGGCGAACGAGUUCGGCUCAAAGGAUUUGAGAAGUAUCGUGCGCAGCUUGACACCAAAACUGACUCCACUGGAACUCAUUCUCUGUACACAACAUACAAAGACUAUGAGAUCAUGUUCCACGUGUCUACCAUGCUGCCAUACACACCUAACAACAAGCAACAGCUUCUACGGAAGCGGCACAUCGGAAAUGAUAUCGUAACGAUUGUUUUCCAAGAGCCUGGAGCACAGCCAUUCAGCCCGAAAAACAUCCGAUCCCACUUUCAGCACGUUUUCGUCAUUGUCCGGGUUCACAACCCGUGCACGGACAGCGUCUGUUACAGUGUGGCUGUCACCAGGUCCAGAGAUGUGCCUUCCUUUGGACCUCCCAUCCCCAAAGGAGUCACUUUCCCUAAGUCAAACGUCUUCAGGGACUUCCUUUUGGCCAAAGUGAUUAAUGCAGAAAAUGCUGCUCAUAAGUCAGAAAAGUUCCGGGCCAUGGCCACCCGGACCCGCCAGGAGUACCUGAAAGAUCUGGCCGAAAAGAAUGUCACCAACACCCCUAUUGACCCAUCUGGCAAGUUUCCGUUCAUCUCUCUGGCCUCCAAGAAGAAGGAAAAGUCUAAGCCAUACCCCGGAGCUGAGCUCAGCAGCAUGGGGGCCAUUGUGUGGGCCGUCCGGGCCAAAGACUACAACAAGGCUAUGGAGAUAGACUGCCUCCUCGGGGUCUCCAAUGAAUUCAUCGUCCUCAUCGAACAGGAAACCAAGAGCGUGGUUUUCAACUGUUCCUGCAGAGAUGUGAUAGGGUGGACCUCAACAGACACCAGCCUCAAAAUCUUCUACGAGCGAGGCGAGUGCGUUUCAGUGGAGAGUUUCCUUAACAAUGAGGAGAUCAAAGAAAUUGUCAAAAGGCUUCAGUUUGUGUCAAAAGGCUGUGAAUCAGUGGAGAUGACCCUGCGAAGGAAUGGGCUGGGACAGCUUGGCUUCCACGUCAACUAUGAGGGCAUCGUGGCAGAUGUGGAGCCCUACGGCUAUGCCUGGCAGGCAGGACUGAGGCAGGGCAGCCGGCUGGUGGAGAUCUGCAAGGUGGCGGUGGCCACUCUGAGCCACGAGCAGAUGAUCGAUCUCCUGAGAACAUCCGUCACCGUGAAGGUGGUCAUUAUCCCCCCACAUGAUGACUGCACCCCUCGGAGGAGCUGCUCUGAAACCUACCGCAUGCCCGUGAUGGAGUACAAAAUGAACGAAGGGGUUUCCUAUGAGUUCAAGUUUCCCUUUCGAAACAAUAACAAAUGGCAGAGGAACGCCAACAAGGGGGCUCAUUCACCUCAGGUCCCAUCCCAGGUGCAGAGUCCCAUGACCUCGAGGCUGAAUGCUGGGAAAGGAGACGGGAAGAUGCCUCCACCAGAAAGAGCCGCCAACAUUCCUCGCAGCAUCUCCAGUGACGGGCGCCCCCUGGAGAGGCGGCUAUCUCCUGGGUCGGACAUCUAUGUGACGGUCUCAUCCAUGGCUUUAGCAAGAUCCCAGCCAUGUCGCAGCUCCCCGAGCAAUCUGUCUUCAUCCAGCGAGACUGGCUCUGGCGGGGGCACUUACAGGCAGAAGUCCAUGCCCGAAGGGUUUGGAAUAAGCCGCAGGUCCCCAGCCUCCAUCGACAGGCAGAACACCCAGUCAGAUAUCGGCGGCAGUGGGAAAUCCACACCCAGCUGGCAAAGAAGUGAGGAUAGCAUUGCCGACCAGAUGGCUUACAGUUAUAGAGGACCUCAGGAUUUCAAUUCUUUUGUCCUCGAGCAGCAUGAAUAUACAGAGCCAACGUGCCACCUCCCAGCAGUAUCAAAGGUACUGCCAGCUUUCCGAGAGAGCCCCAGUGGGAGAUUAAUACGUCAGGAUCCAGUGGUUCAUUUGUCUCCAAACAAACAAGGGCAUUCUGACAGCCACUACUCGAGCCACUCCAGCAGCAAUACCCUCUCCAGCAAUGCCUCGAGUGCCCACAGCGAUGAGAAGUGGUAUGACGGGGACCGCGCCGAGUCCGAGCUCAACGGCUACAACUACCUGCAGGGCACCUCGGCGGACAGCGGCAUCGACACCACCUCCUACGGCCCCAGCCACGGCAGCACGGCCUCCCUCGGGGCGGCCACGUCGUCGCCACGCUCGGGGCCAGGCAAGGAGAAGGUGGCCCCCCUGUGGCACAGCUCCAGUGAAGUCAUCUCCCUGGCAGAUCGGACUUUAGAGUCAGAGAGCCACGGCAUGGACCGGAAAACGGAGUCCUCCCUGAGCCUGGAUAUCCACACCAAGAGCCAGGCCGGCUCGAACCCUCUGACCAGGGAGAACAGCACGUUCAGUAUCAAUGAUGCUGCUUCCCACACAAGCACCAUGAGCUCCCGACAUUCUGCCAGCCCGGUUGUCUUCACCAGUGCCAGAAGCUCACCUAAAGAAGAACUUCACCCGGCCACCUCCUCGCAGCUUGCCCCAUCCUUCUCCUCCGCCGCCUCCUCCUCGGGGCCUCGGACCUUCUACCCGCGCCAGGGCGCUACUAGCAAGUACCUGAUUGGCUGGAAGAAACCCGAAGGAACCAUAAACUCCGUGGGAUUUAUGGACACCAGAAAGCGUCAUCAGAGUGAUGGCAAUGAAAUAGCCCACACCAGGCUGCGCGCCUCAACCAGGGACCUCCGGGCAUCCCCGAAGCCAACCUCGAAGUCCACCAUUGAGGAGGAUCUCAAGAAACUCAUUGACCUGGAAAGUCCAACUCCUGAAUCCCAGAAGAACUUUAAGUUCCACGCGCUCUCCUCUCCUCAGUCUCCUUUUCCCACCACCCCCACCUCAAGGCGGGCCUUGCACAGAACGCUGUCCGAUGAGAGUAUUUACAGCGGCCAGAGGGAGCACUUUUUCACCUCAAGAGCUUCACUUCUGGACCAAGCCCUGCCCAACGACGUCCUCUUCAGUAGCACGUACCCUUCUCUCCCCAAGUCUCUUCCGUUGCGGAGGCCGUCCUACACCUUGGGAAUGAAGUCACUGCACGGAGAGUUCUCGGCUUCUGAUAGCUCCCUCACCGAUGUCCAGGAGAGCCGAAGGCCGCCCAUGCCCGACCCUGGCCUGAUGCCCCUGCCUGACACUGCUGCGGAUUUGGAUUGGUCCAACCUGGUGGAUGCUGCCAAGGCCUAUGAGGUCCAGAGAGCCUCGUUCUUUGCUGCUAGUGAUGAAAACCAUCGCCCUCUGAGUGCCGCAUCCAACAGUGACCAGCUUGAGGACCAGGCUCUGGCCCAGAUGAAGUCUUAUAGCAGUAAAGAUUCCUCUCCCACUCUGGCUUCUAAAGUGGACCAGCUAGAAGGGAUGCUGAAGAUGCUUCGAGAAGAUUUGAAGAAGGAAAAAGAAGACAAAGCCCACCUCCAGGCGGAAGUUCAGCAUCUGCGGGAGGACAACCUGAGGCUGCAGGAAGAGUCCCAGAAUGCCUCCGACAAGCUCAAGAAGUUCACCGAGUGGGUCUUCAACACCAUAGACAUGAGCUAGGCCAGGAGGGGGGCCACCCGCCAGCGGAGGCCUCCUCAGCCCUCCCUCCCCAGCUCCCGACUUGCCCCCUUUCGGGGAGUGCACACCACGACAAUUGCAGAUCAACAAUCAUUAUCUGCCUUUUGUAGAAAAGAGAAAGAAAAUGGUAAAUAAAAAUUUUAAAAAGUAAAAUAAAAGUUUAACUGCUAAAAUGUGAAUGUCUAUUUUUUUGCACAAUAUCUUUAUCUGUUAUGUAUUUAAAUCUUUUCCAUCAGCUCUUUCUUAUUUCAGGUACCCCGAGCUUUCCCUUGUUAUUCUGACAAAUGUCAUUGUUCCUAGGAAAAUAAAGUUUUAAACUGUUUUAUUUGGGGAGGGGGAUUUCCUUACCUUCAUUCCUACAAUGCCUGGGGAGGGAGGUGCUUUUAGAAAAUGCCUACCUCCCUUGAAUGGCCUGUGCAUGAGCCAGUGAUGUUUGUCCCUGUCUUACAGAGAUCAGCAGGAUGGGUUACUUAAGGGUAGCAAAUGAGUGAACCAGAGAGCAGCAGAGCUAGAGCCUGCAAGCCACCUCGCCCCUUUUCCAUCCUGCAUUGUGACAUCACGACUUCCUCCUUCCUUUCUGGGGAGAUGGUCCAGGGCUCUGUGCUCCUCGGCAAUGGAGCCUUUUUGUUUGGCUUAAGUAAGUCCCUCUAAAUUGGAGUCAGCCUUUCUGUGUCUUCCUGGCUCCCAAAAGUAAUCAGUUUCAGAAUUCCUCCAAACUAAAAUCUUAUACUUUUGACCCAAAUGCGUACAAAUCAUAGGUCUAUUUUUUUGGAGAUUUUUAAAGAUAACCAUGUGGCAAAAUAGUAUUUGUAGCACUCUCAAAAUGAUUGUAUUAAUACAUCCUUCUCUCCAAAGCAAGGCUUUACCAGUAUUUGUAACUAGGGAAAAGCAAACGUCAAAUUGUAAACUUUAAUAUUUCCUUGUUAGGAGCAAUGACUGUGAUAGCAGAAUGGGCUUUUGACACCUGCAUGUCCCAGUGUACAAUUUCAGCCCAGCAUUUUCUGCAUCCUCGUGUGGCCGUCCACAGGAUUCUGUGGCAGAAGUGACUGAUGUGCUAUUUUUCUAUCUAGUGAUGCAGCUGCUUUGGGCCCCUGGCCAUUGUUCUAAGGCUCUCAGUCCUGCACAGCACAAGAGACACUAGGUCACCAGUGUUGAGAGACCCCAGGGGAGGCCCCGGUGGCCUUGUUUCUUGCCUUCACAAUUGUCAUUCGGUGACUUCCUGUGCCCCUUUCAGUGGCAACUCUGGUCUAGGGGAACAUUCAGCCGUCUAGCGGCCUCUGCUCGGAGUAAUCUCAGCCCAUUCCUCUCUCGAUCCCUGAAAGAAAAGGGACGGCUGGCCCUCUCUUCUCCCCCACCUGCAUCACCAGGCUUUUACGCUACAGCAUCAGUCAUGAUUGUGGUUUAACCAUGGGAUUUUUUUUUCUGGUGACAUUUCUACCAGGGAAAUGGGAAGAUUUCCGAGUGCUUUGUGACGAUCUCAAUUGUCUGUCUCUUUCUCUGACUUGUAUGAAGGAGAUUGUACAUUGCCUGAUAGCUCUUUGUAAAUGAGAACUAGCGCUAACAUCCAAGCAUUCUGAAGUCUUGCUUGUCCUUCUGAGUUUAGGUUUUAUUUUUGUUUUACAUUUUGUUUGGGGACUUGGGGCAAGCUAUUUAUUAGAGUUUUGCAACAGAGUUCUUGUUCGAAGCCUUUGAGGACUACUUGUAAAAUUCAAACAAUAAAAUUCAUUUUAAACGCUCUUUUAAAA